GUGUCAGCCCAUCGCUAUUCCUAUCGCCAGGCUCGUGAGAUUCUCGGCAGUUGAAAAUUUUUCGUCGUACUCUCGUAACAACAAAGGCGAAUCCGAAAAUCCGAUACGUUUCAGAGUCGCAAUCAAGUCGCAAGUCAAGAGUUAAGCACAAAUCGCCACUAAAAACAGGCAAACAAGCUGAAUCGCACUGAUUCGCACGUAGCCAGCCAAACGGAAGGACUCCUCCGCAUCCACAGCCACAACAGCAGCAACGGCAAGCAGCGAGAACGACAUCCACGGAUGAUAACGUAACGUAGCCGCAACGUUGGAGCAACACCACCUUCCACUUCUACCGCAGCGGACAUCGCAAACAAAACCGAACCGCAGAUCCAAAAAAGAACAAAAAGAUAACUGAUUACAAAGUAUACAGAUAUUGUGUAUAGUUUCGAUUUGCAGAUCAUCACUACAUCAACAUCCGACAUGUCGGCGGCCCGCCUGCCCUACUAUCAGCAGGAUCAGGAGGACGGCCACCAGCGGCGCGCCGGACGCGGCCAUCAGCGUGGCUACUAUGAGCGUGGCUCCGUUUCCGGAUCCUACAGAAGAGAGCGCGGUCGCUACAGUCGCAGCCGCUCGCGUUCCCGUAGCCGCUCCGCCGAACGCUCUGGUCAGCGUCGCCGCCGCCAGGAGCGGCAGUCAUCCCGUUACCAUAGAGACCGCGACUCCAGGGAUCGCUCCAGAGAUCGUUCCAGGGAUCCCUCCAUAGAUCGCUCCAGAGAUCGCGAGAGGGAUCACUCAAGACGCUCCAGCCACUACCGCCGCUCUGAAUCGCCGGCCUAUUCUGGCCCUGGCCCAUCCGGAUCCAGCAACAGUCAACGCAGAGGCCACCAUGCAUCGUUAUCCAGUAAAUCUGACCUAAGCGUCGUACAGAAAACAGCCGCUACAGCUGCCGGCGCCACAGAUCAGGUUCAGUUGACUGGAAAGAGCAGUGCCGCUUCCGCGGUGGGCGCCUACUACAACCUUGACACCGACGAGCCCUUUGACAAGGAGCGCAUCCACCGCGAGAUGGAGCAGAAGCUGCGCGAAGCACUGGCCAGGGAGGGCAAAGUGUACCCGCCGCCAAAGCCGGAGCCACCUUCGCAUCCUGUCUUUGCCAACGACGGUUCGUUCAUGGAGCUGUUUAAGAAGAUGCAGGAGGGCCAGAAGGAGCACGCGAGCAGCCAGUUGGUGCAGCCAGCGGUGGAAGAGCUCAUGCAGCAGCAGUUCGUCUCGCCGGAGGCCUCGUCAGCGCCUGCGCUGCCGGCCAUUGCAGUGGGAGCUGCCAGCAGUGCUGCGGCACCGUACAUUGCCGCCGCGGCGGCCGGCAAGCUGGCACCGCCCCCACCCAUCGUGGGACGACGUCGCGGCGGAAAAGUCCUAAAGACUGGCGUAGUGGCCAAGGUGAAGACGCCCAAUGAGAGCGACGUGGACCCCAAGGACUUCUGGUCGUUGUACCUGGCCGAGGUCAACAAGUACAAGAGCAACGCCUGCGAUACGGACAACGGAAAGCGGCCGCUCGUCAAGUAGUCGCCGAGACAGUCCCGCUUUUCAUAGAAACAUGAACUUGAACGCAGAUAAAGCGGGAAACGUGAACUCGAUUUUGAUUCGACCAAUACCCCUGUUCCACACUCCCGAUACACACAUUGCGAUCCCCCCCAGGCCCUUUGAAUGUUUUGUACACGAAAGCAAGCGAACACAGAUGCGUAGUUUAUAGUCAUAGUGGAGGGCUUUCGAGCUGCAAGCGCGAGCAGUGUAAUUUGUAUUUUUUUCACACGAAUCGAGGGACUAGCCACAGCCUCGACAUACACAUAAUACGAUAAUCAUAGUCUAGAUAGUAAGCGAUAAGUUUAGCAAAACCAUACGAGUGUAUCUCUCUAUAUAAUAUGAUAUAUACCGCUCAUUAAGCAACCGCAACUGAAGAACUAACCUUUGUGAUUUAUAUAUCUAUCUCUUCCUCCCCGUUUAUGCACUGAAAUUGUAUUUACGUUUGAUUUUAAUUUACAUUCGGUUGUGUACCUCCCAUCCCGUCACCCCAUUUCGUUCAUCUCUUUCUUUUUCAUUUGGCCAACGUGACUCUGUCCCGGUCGCCGCCUUGGUUUACGAUUUGGUUGCCUUUCAAUCGGUGUUUUUUGCCCCUCCCUCGGUUUCCUUCCGUUCCGUUUCGUUUCGUUUUGUUUU